AUGGGGAAGGAGGAAUUGCUAGAAGCACUUGUACACGUACAGACUACAACAUCGGUAGACAGUCUUUAUGCUCACUUUAAUAUCAUUCAUGACGCCCUAAGUGACAUUCAUCGCAAACGUUGGAGGUUCCUGGAAGAUGCUUGCUCUGUCGUACUGCAACAAACUCUUGCAUUAGUUUUUUUGGAUGGUAAAAGUGGACACAAUGGGGCUACUGAUCAUCAAGAAGUGGCAAUGUUAACAACAAAGGGGAUUCAUUUGUAUCUUGAAUUUAUUGAGCCGUUGAUACACUCGACAGUGUCAAUUUCUAGUACUAUGGACAAUGAAGAGGAAAACGCAUGCCCACGGGGCGUGCUUGUUGCUGCUUUAUUGCAUUUGUUUGCAAAAACUGCUGGACUUUUGGGAUCACAGCCGUUAGAGUCAAGACUUGUUGCAGAUGUUUUGAGAUGUGGCGUCGACAUUCACGUGAUCCUCGCGACACUUCGGUUUCGAGAAGAGCUAAAAGAAUGUCGUCGACUACUGCUGCCUUCAUAUGAAACCGAUUCAGAGUUUGAGUGGGAGGAGGGAGAAGAAGAUGAUGAUGAUGAUGAAGAAGAAGAAACGAGGGAGCUUGCAAUGGAAGACAUUCAAUGGAUUGUCAACCGAGUAGUCAACGAGUGGGGGAUGGCGAAAUAUCGACUCUUUUUGCAGAUGUCGGAGCACGAGCACGCAUUUUCUUCGUGGUCGUAUCAGGGAAUUGGGAAUUUUGUACAUGCUCUGCUUACGGAUGAUCAGCACAAAUUUAACGCGCUACCAGUGCUGAUGUCACCAUUUUCAUUCCUCUUCCACGUUAGUGCAUAUGCUCACUACAUGAUUUGUUCAGAAAAUCAUCAGGAUCGCAUUCGUGGACUUGAUUUGCUACGAGCGGCAAGUAACCUAUGCCCUCAAGAAAAACUUACCAUUUUUGUAGAGAAAGGAAUUGAAUCAAUGCAAGAUAAGCCACGAUCCUUCCGAGGCCAAGCUGCUUCUUUUCGUGCAAGAGAGUGGCUCUCUCCUUUGAUUCAUGUCAUUGCAAACGCAAUGGUUUCAUUUUGUGAUGCCAAAGAACGAUCUGCAGCGCUUGAGGUACUGAAAACGCUUAUCUUUAAGCUCGUAGGUGAUGACCGAUUUAGGAUGCUACGUAGCUUGAUCAUGAAAUGUCCAUAUGCCAAUGUAUCAGCCAUACUGGUCGAUUUUGUUCGUGGGGAUGCAAUUCAGGCAUGGUCUUCCUCCGAUACGAGCAACAAAUACCCUUUUAAGACGACAGCUAUCUGCUUGCUGAUACAGAAUGUCUUAAGCCAAACAGUAGAACGCGACCUUGUUUCGCAGGCUGAUUUGCUAGCAAGUUGUAUGAGUCUGGUGCGAUUUCUAUACAUCCGUGACAAGGGCAAUGAAACAGGUAUUCGUACUGAGAGUAUCAUUUGCGGUAUCUGGGAUGUUUUGAUGUGUAUCGACAAGAGACUUCAAGACGCGACCGAAGCAACGGCAUUAUACGACACUACUGAAACUCAAUUGUCUUCUGUUGAGAGGAGCCGCACCCAUCUCAUGGUUUUAAAAGCAGCUCUUGACUCGACUUUGGAGCUUCUUAGUAGUACUGUUUUUUGUGGCAAAACGUAA